AUGUCGUGGUUAUUGAGGGAAGCGAUCGACGAUUCACGGCCUUGUUGCGAUGCGCUAUGCUAUGACCAUAUUUGUGGAUAUUUUACUAUCCGAUUGCAUCAUGGUGGUAGAUUGGGCAGUAAAGGAAAUAAACCUUAUAUUGGUGGCAAGAUAAAUCACAUAGAUAUGUGUGAUGAUGGCCAUCUUUCUUUGAUUGAGUUGGAGAAUCUGUUAAAGGCUAUGGAAGUGGGAUACUCUAAGCUGAGUAGAUUCCACCAUAUAACCACUGAUGGAUGGAAAAUUCAAGUUGAUUCAAAUGUAGGUGGUUUGGUGGAUACAAAUCAAGACUCUAAAAGUUCGAAUGAGAGUGGCUCGUACUCAGACGGAGAGUCCUCAAAGUAUGAAUACUUUUAUGAUAGUGAGUAUGACAUGCAUAAUGAUGAAUUGUAUGAUACUUUUGUGGAUCAUGAUGUUGGAUUUGUUGAUGUUAACAAAGGGAAAAGAAUGGAGGAAGACAAAGGAGUUGCCAAAGGGAAAAUAAUGGAGAAAGGAAAAGGAGUUGCCAAAGGGGAAGGAGUUGGUUUUUAUGGUGAUAGUGGCACAAUUUUGCAUGACAAUAAUGAUUUUUAUGGUGAAGAAUAUGUCACAGAUGAGUUGAUCAGUCUAAGUAAAUCAUCAUCAGAGGGUGAGGAAGGAAGAAAUUCCAAGGUUUAA